CUUCCUUCUCGAACCCUUAGGAAUGAUUAUUCAAGAAGAUCAAUCCCAUCGAACAUAUCUCUCUCUGCGUUUCUAAGUAACAAAUUCUCUCCUAUUUGGGCUCAGCGUCAUAUGCAGCAUGUCUGGCAUAAAGCACGACGAUGAGAUGGCUACCUGGGAUUUGUCAGCUCCGGAAGAGCUGAUCAGCUUCUUGAAGAAUGCCCCGAUGCUCAGUAUAGAGGCUUCGGAUUCAGACGAAAAUAAAAAGAUGUGCAGAACAGAAAGUUCAGAGACCUCGUGGUCGACUGGGGGUGUAUCGACAGAUAGCGGUUGCUUCUGUUCAGCUUUCAAUACGAAUGAAAGCUGCACUCAUGUCCCGUCAGAAGAAGUCUAUGGGUCCUGGUUUGAUUUCUCCGAUCCGGCAAACUUACUGCCUCUGAGACCUGAUCAAUGGAUUGCUGAACUGUAUGGAUCUCAACAGAAUCCUCAGGCUGUUUAUUCAUCUCAGGUCUGUGGCAGUCCAACUCUGGAGUCAGUUCCUGAGACCAGAGUCUCUUUACCAGCAUCUUCAGGUCCUUCAGACUGCGGCUAUAGUCGAGAGACCUCGGCCGACAGUGCCGAAACCUGCUGGAGCAGCGACCAAGCCUCGUCCUUGUCAGCAGUUACAGAGAGAAAAAAGCAUCAACUCGUGGUUCAAAUAAUCGCGAGGCUUCAAGAAUGGCUGGAGGUGAUGCUGAGAAGACACGGGGCUCAGAAUGGCCAGACAGCUUCCAGUAGUGGCUCUACACCAGUUGUCGGAGCACCCAGUCGUGCUGGAGAACCAUCAAACAGUCAAAACAGAAGAAAGCGUCAGAGAAGUGGUUCUGAUGAUGGUUUUGGGGAGGACGACAAGACACCAGAUCGAACCCAGAAGAAGCGCGGGAAAACCAGUGAUUCUACCGAAACCAGAUAUGUUUGUCCUUUCUUCAAGCAUAAUCGUGAGAAGUACAAAACAUCACAGUGGAAAAGCUGCUGCUGGCCAGGGUGGACCUCUGUUCAUCGAGUCAAAGAGCAUCUAUAUCGGCGCCACGUGCUUCCCAAGUUCCGCUGCAACAGAUGCAGGCAAGACCUCAAAUCAGCUUUUAACCUAAACGAACAUCAACGAGCGGACACUAUUUGCCAGAGACAAAGUGAAGAGUCUGAAGAAGAAGGAAUCGAUGAAGAACAAGAGAGGUUACUGCGUGUCCGAAAGAGGAAGAAUGGGAAAGCUUCACAAGUUGCAGAAGAGGAGAAGUGGGUUGAGAUGUAUAGGAUUCUCUUCCCCCACGAUGAUCCAAUUCCUUCUCCAUAUCCCGAAUUAUGUCCUUUACAACCCGAACAAGACACAGAGCACCCCGGGGCGAACGUCUUGGACAGCUUUGAGGACUACGCGCGACGUGAGUUUUCGAGACGCAUGAGGCCCCGUAUAGAGAGUUUAGUCGAUGGAAUUCUCGAGCAAACUCUCACUUCUCAAACGAUCACCGAUGUCGCCAAUAAUGUCCUCCAAGGUAUCAUGGAGUCUUUUCGCGAAAGUCAAAGCCAGGAGACUUGCCAACCAGACUCCCAAAAGUCACCCUCAAGAAGCCCUAGCCCUCAUGGGUUGCCGGUUGAGAGCUCUAAUCGAGUACCUCAAGAAAUCCAUACUUCUGAAACCGGCCCCUAUUCAAACUUGGAAAUCGAUUUGGAUGAGAUUCUAAACUCAUUAGAUGCUAAUCAGUCGUUGGAAUUUGAGCGUUGGGGAAUUGAAGAUGAAGGAAUAAACACAUUUAAUCAUUUUGGGCUACAUGUUGAACAGUAUAACAAGGCAAACGCUUGAGGAAGAGGAGCCUCGGGGAGUACGAAAACUCCCAUUCUGACAUAUAAUCAGGGUGCCAGAAAUGACUAAAGUUGGUCUAAAGGACCACUAAGUUAUCCUAAACCUACCUA